AUGAGCGGCUUCAAGAAUGUCAUGAAAGAUGGAUGGCAUCCAAAGGGAAAGGAUGGGAAGUCCAAAGAAAGCUGGCGCGGAGACUUCAAGGGUCUCAACCAAGUGGCUGGAUGGAUGGGCAAAGGCAAAGACCCUAGUUCAGAGGCGUCUGAGCAUGUGUCACGACCGCUCUCCUCCCUGAAAGAUCCCAGCGCUUUUGGUCCACCUCCUAAACAUGUCAACUACCACGGCCCCGCCGCACUACCGAAUCAGACUACGCCUGACCGUCGAGGCCUCGGGGCACCGCUACCCCAAGAGCAGAUUGUCCAACAACGGCAAGCACGAGAGGAAGAGGAAGAGGAGGCAGAAAAACCGAAAGGCCCCCCGGUGCCAUAUCGCGUGAACACGACGGGCCUCUCAACAAACAACCUUCCGCCACCACCAGUCCGGCGUCUGGACUCGCCCGAUUCUGCGGCAUCGAGUACACGAUCGACUUCGAGGUCGACAUCCAGACCGACCUCCCUCAGUGCAAAGCCGAAGCCACAGCUGCCACCUCGAGUCCCUCCACGUAACAACGCAGAAACCCCUCGCGCUUCAUCUCCACCACCCGCGUAUACGGGAACGCCGCCUCCAGCGUUGCACGGCUACGUGAACCAAGAAGCGACCUCUCGCCUCGCCAGCGCCGGAGUAUCUGUGCCCGCACUGGGCAUUGGCAAGCCAGAAAAAACGGUCCCGGCGACCUCUCGAUCUCAGAACGACAAUUUGAACGAGUUACAAUCGCGAUUCUCGCACAUGCGUACCAAUUCAACCUCUUCGUCUGCGGCUUACCAACCUACUCCGAGCGCCAAUCGCGAGGAUCACCUCCCUCCCCCACAGACCUUCCGCGAACGCCACGCGGAUAAAAUUGAGAUGGGCAGAGAGAAGUGGGGGGGUGUCACGUCGCGAGUGAACAGUUUUGUGGAAGACCGUAAAUUUUCGGCCAAUGCCAACAAACGCAUUCCGCGUCCGCCAGGUCCCAGUUCCGCUCCGCUGGACGGUGCUCGACAUCACACCCUGUCUCCCUCUUCCGCAUCUGUCGCUUCUUCAACUCAACCCAUUGGUCAUGAGGAUCUGGCUGCUCAAGCUCAACGCAAGAAAGCACCUCCUCCCCCACCCAAGAAAGCAGACCUACGUGCGCCCCCUGCGCGACCCUCGUCGACUUCUUCGGGCCCUCCUACGCCACCCCCCGUCCCCCUAACCACUAAGCCCCGUUGA